CCAAUGAGUGGAGCGGUAUUUUGCAGCUGCACAGUGCUGGUGAGGACAGACUUGGACUAUUGUGUACCGUGUCCGGCAUCUCAGAUUCAGUUUAUUUGUCAUUUAAAAACCGCAACUGCAAUGCAGUUAAAAAAUGAGACAACGUUCCUCCAGAACGAUAUCACAAAAACGCAUGACAAAACAGACUACACUAGAAAAUCCACAUAACGUUUGGCAAUCCCCAAUCCAGAGUCCGGAGAGGCUGCUGCAUAUUAAUAUCACGCUACCAUCUUAGCAUGUUUCCCGGAAAGGAGCUCCAAAUCCACCAGACAAAACAAGACCAAAAACUAAAGCUACAAGACCUGCUCAAAACCACAUAGUUACAACAGUGCAAACAAUAGCAUAAUUGAUAAAAAACCAGACCAUGGGCACAGUAAAAAUAGUCCAAAGAUGUUGAAAGACCAUAAUUUUGAAAGAAACCACCACACAGUUUCCACAAGUCCUCAGGGUCCUGAUUGACUCAUCAUCCCACGCAGGCGGCAGAAGGGAAUACCCCCGCUAUGGACUUCCACGGUGCCGCCGGACUCAGCCUUGCAGACACAGCACACACCGAAAGCAACCUGACCGCAGCGGACUAUAAACUGGAAAUUGUGCAAAGAGCCUCAAGUCUCCGAGAUAAAGUUAAAACCCAGAAAGAAACAAAGGAAUUACAUGCAAGAAACGGGGUCAUAGACAGAACAGUCCAACACUGGACACGCUAUCUGGCUCACGCUGUUGCGUCAGUCUUAAUCGGAGUCUCGCGGAAGGCCAAGAAACAAACCCAAGAUUAUGUGCGAGCCUCCCAGGCCCUGAUGAUCAUCUCUAUCAUCCUGGGAUUUUUUGCAGCCAUCGUCAGUUUAUUUGGUCUGCAAUGUAUCCAGUUUGGAACAACAGAUCCAGUGGCAAAAGCAAGGAUGGCAACAGCGGGAGGAUCUCUGUACAUCCUGGCCGCCCUGUGCGCCUUGGUCCCCGUCUCCUGGUACGCCUUUAACAUCACGCAGCAGUUCUACGACCCCAUCUACCCAGGAACAAAGUAUGAACUUGGACCUGGACUCUAUAUUGGUUGGGCUGGGGCAUCGUUGCAGCUGAUUGGAGGGAUCGUUCUCUGCCUUGCUUGUCGGAGAACCUCUGGUGGAACCAGGGAGUACUCAUACAAUUACCGAGCGCCCCGCUCGAUGGUGGGAAGGGUGUCGAAGAACUACGCGUCAGAAGUGGACAACUCCAGUAACUAUGGGAAGAACGCUUACGUCUGAGAGCUGGGGCUGCGUCUGGAUCCUUCUCGGUUUGCACUUUGGACUGUUGGUCGGGCAGCGUGUGAAGUCCUGUUUGUGGGGAUCACACUGGGGAAAUGUGCUUUCUAGACACUGCAAUUGCUCGAUUGUUGCACUGCCUUGUGUUAAAUCUGAUUGUGCCCAUGCUGUAGAGAUGCCGAUGAACACUCCCCUUGGAGUGAAUGGGAAGGUGUGGGUGGGAAGAUGGUCGUGGUUGAAGGAAGAAUAAAACCAUUACUGAACA